AUGGAACAACAACAACUGACGGUGGCAUUCUUUGGGGCGACGGGCGGCUGUGCCAACGCGUGUCUGGCGCUGGCCCUGCAAGCCGGCUAUCAUUGCUCCGCCUCCGUUCAAAAGACACUCUAUCUCAAUAGCCGCCCCGUUCACCUGAUCGUCUCGGGCCUCGGCGGCAAGCCACGCUUUGAGUAUGGCAUCAAAGCCACCCUAGACAGCCCGACCAUCUGCCAAGAUGGUAUCCAGACCCUCCUGUCCGCCGCUCAAUCGUGUCCUCAGAAGCCCCGGAUUGUAAUUAUCAGCAGUACCGGCCUCAGCAACACGCGCGAUGUGCCAAUCAUGAUGCUGCCCCUGUAUCAUUGGUUGCUCAAGGUACCACACAAGGACAAGAAGGUUAUGGAAGACCUGGUGGAGGCCGAGAUGCAGAAGCCGGCGGGGGAACACGCCAUCGAUGGUUAUCUAAUGGCGCGGCCCUCCUUGCUGACGAAUGGCAAGGGCAGUGGUCUGUCGAAGAUAAAGACCGGCACCGACAAGAACCCGGCAGUGGGCUAUACCAUCAGUCGUCGGGAUGCGGGACUUUGGAUAUUUGAGAAGGUGAUUCACCAGGCGUCGCUGGCGGAUUGCCAGCAUUGGAAGCAGAAGGUGACCUUGACGGUCUAG